UUCACAAUUAACAUAUAUCUCUCUCUGUUUCCUUUUGUUUUUUGAGUUAUUAUUAAUUUCUUCUUCACAAUUCACAUAAUCAUCAAUGGAAAAUGGUGGUAAAGUUCAGCAUGUUACAAAGGCAUCAUCAGAUCAGCUACUGAGGAAGUUUGCUGAGAUGGAUUCUGAACUAGAAGUUAAAAAGGAGCUCAGAUUAGCUAAAAGAAGGAAAAGGACACUACAAACCAAAGUUGAUACUACUAAUCAUGUUUUCGGCGAAAGGAAAUCCCUGUUACCUCCCGCAGUUUCUCAAAGAUCCGUGGCGUUGAUUGUAAAAGCAAAGCUUAGGGCUAGGAAUCUCAACAACAGAUCCUUUUUUGGUACUAUUGAGAAGACUUGGCGCAGAACUGUACAAGGGGCUUCAAAGGUCUUCAUUGAGAAGCAUUACAAUCGGCAUAGGCGUCUAAUAAGUGAUACAGAGUAUUAGGUAAAGAUUUGUUAAAACAAGGUUGGAUUUUUACUAACCUUGACUACACUGUAUUCUUCCAUCUAUGGUAAGAAAUAGUAACUACAUUCUUUAUUUAUUUAUUUUCCUUGUCAAGCUGCUGCUUUUGAUUUGUAGUGUGUAAUCGUGUUAUUUCAUUCUUUAACUUGUAUGUUUGUGUAAUUUUGAUAAAAGAAUAAGAAUUGCUGAAUCACAGUAUUGAUCA